AGUCUGCGGCUGUGGGCUGCAGCAGGACUUGCUGUUGUUAGCUUCUGGGAGCAGCAGGCUGUCAACUUUAGAGACUGAACCGUCAUGUUUACGUUCAGCAGCGCGACCGGCGGGAUGGAGACCGACAUCGCUUCACCGGAAGCAACUGAAGAAUUCAGGAGUGUUCAGAUCAAGAUGGAGCCAGAUGGAGAUGUCGAGAUCCAGUUGUUUCCUGUCCUCAAGAAGGUGUCUGUCAAACUGACCGACUGCAGGGCGUGGCUGGAGGGGCGGGACUUCCUGUCUAGUCCUCCAGUUUGCAAACCAGCACCCACAACUCUUGGCAGCCACCCUCAGCUCUGGACCCAGAGGCCAAAGCGAAUGUACUCGACCAACACUGGCAGGAAGAUGGCCUACUGCUCUCAAUGUAAGAAAGGUUUUUACAAGAGGGCUCACCUGGAGGCUCACCUGAGGGUCCACCAGGGACAGAAACCCAACCAGUGCUGGCAGUGUGGGAAGACUUACCCAACCCUAAUGAGCCUUGUUAUUCACCAGCACAUCCACAACCGCAAGGAGCCCUACCAAUGCUCGUACUGCGACAAGACUUUCGCCCUGAAGAGGGACUGGAAGACCCACCACCGGAUGCACUCCGGGACCAAACCCUUCAAGUGCUGGUUUUGCGGAGAUGGCUUCAGUGAGCAGAACGAACUCAGCGAGCACCUGGAGCUGCAUAAGGGGGAGAAGUGCUACCAUUGCAAAGUGUGCGACAAGAUGUUUGUGUCCUACCAGGGCUUUAACUUCCACCGCAAGUCCCACAAGAACAGAAAAAUGCUGCCCUGCCUCAAGUGUAAGAAGACCUUCAGCAACCCUCAGAGUCUGAAGCUGCACCAGGUGACCCACUCCAACAGGAAGCCACAUAAAUGCCCCAUCUGCGGCAAAGGCUUCAAGUUGCUGAGUGGCAUGCGGUGCCACCAGAGGACCCACGAGGACCUGAAGGCCUACCACUGCACUGAGUGUGGCAAGUGCUUCUCCAGCCUGCAGGGCCUGAAGCUGCACAACCGCACACACACUGGCCUGAAGCCCUACAAGUGCACUGAGUGUGGGAAGAGGUUCACCCAGUCGCCCCACCUCAAGUCUCAUAUGGUGACCCACACCGGAGAGCGGCCAUUCCUCUGCACCACCUGUGGGAAGAGAUUCACUCAGUCAUCCCACCUGAGGUCCCACAUCACGCUGUUCCAUGUGGGUGAGAAACCGUUCACCUGCGAUGACUGUGGGAAGAGUUUCACCAUUGCUCACUACCUGAAGAUGCACCGGCUCAGCCAUACCAAGGAGAAGCUGUACCAGUGUUCAUACUGCGAGAAGUCCUUCUCCUACCAUAACUCAUGGAAGGCCCACGAAAGGAUCCACACUGGUGAGCGUCCAUUCAGCUGCCAGGAUUGUGGCCAGAGCUUCAUCACGUCGGGCUCACUACUGAGCCACCAGAGAUCCAAACACACCGGAGAGAAGAACCACUACUGCUUCACCUGUGGGGAGUUCUUUUUCACCAGCUCGCUGCUACGGAUCCACCAGCUCGACCAUACAGGCGAGCGGCCACAUGCCUGCAGUUGUGGCAAGACCUUUAAGACCAAGGGGGUGCUGCGCUACCAUCUGAAAAGGUUCACCGACCACCAACUGGCCAACUGAGUCUGCCACAAAACUAACUGUGACCGCCUCUGCUGACGGAGAUCUUCAGACUGUGAGGCCUCCAUUGGGGGAAGGGGCUGUGGGUUUAGGGCUGGGGGACAGGUGUAGUUACUGUAGUUUAGCUGCUCAUCACACAGUCAGCUGUACCCGACACUUUAAAACACUUGACAAGCCAUGUCGAUGCUGGUUUGUCUUGACUUCUCAGAGUCCAAAUGUGACCACAUACAGUAUUGUUCAAAAUAA